AUGUGCAGUUUACUUCGCUCCAAGCAUAGGAAGGCUCGCAACGAACUUCGCAUUACUCACACUUCCUUACUCGCAGAAUGGUCGACCAAAGACGAAAUGAAAUGCCAGAUGGCUCUUCCUGGUUCGGGUUGCGAGUGCACUAGCCUGUGUCAGCCCCGUAUAGAGCCUGACCAUAGCGGUAUGGUUUUGAGACAUGCGUUGGACAGGGCGAUGGGCCGCUACGAGGAUGAGAGAAUAUUGAUGCUGGUUAAGUAUGAAUACGAGGUACUAUAUAUUGGACAAAUUCAAUCGUGGAUGGAUCUUGAGGAUAACGAUUACGAGAUUGUAGAGAUUAAUUGA